AUGCAGGUACAAGGGCUUCAGGGUGGGUGGCCAGGAGCCAAGAACAGGCUGUUGGCCAACGCCAGGUACAGUUGGCUCUUUGAGCCUCACAUGGCAGAGGAGGAUCUGUGGGCUUGCCCACCCCUAAAAUAGCUCCUCUUGCAGCUGCUCUGGGCCAGGGUGGAAGUGGACAAUGGACAGCUGUGUGUCCAGGAUGAGAAACCAGGAUCCACAUAUCCAGGCUGUGGACUCAUGCUCCAGCAGCACCUGCCCAGUAAUUUGGAGGGUGCCAAGCAAUGGCUACACAUCUCCCAGCAUCUGCUUCUUAUGGGCCUGGUGUGUGUCUAUUGACUCCAUGAGACCAGUGAGGCUGAGGAGAGGUGUUGUUGGGCCCAGGUCUUUACCCUUCUGGCAUAGGACACACUCUGGGACCUGUGCAAGGGUUUCUGUCCCCGGGGUGGAUCCUGGGCCUCCAUCCUUGACCCUAGUCCCUGACCCUUCCCUUUCACUUGACAUCCCCCUACUCAUCACCCUGGACAGGCCUCCAUCUGGCUCCUGACUACUCAUGUUUAUUCCUAGUCUCUUUGUCUCAUUCCUUAGACCAGCUAAG